AUGUCACAGCCACUAACAUAUGAGGAAGCGAAAAAGCCACAUCAGAUCGGUGUCCUAAAGUCGUGGAAUUCGUGGAACUCAGUUAAUCUUCAUGACGAGACUGAGUACACAGGCGUCGUCACCUGGCACGAUGCCCUUAUCCGGCUGUUUAUCCUCGGAACUUUCCCGACACAUGUGUUGAGCGAAGUAAGUCAACAGGUGUUUUCUUAAUGUAGCUGUACGCCAGGCGCAUUUCGUUUUCGGUGUCACUUUCGGAGUAGAACAACUUAUAUAUUUUCUUUGUUCUUUAAACACUUUUUUCGUAUAUAGUGGCCGACAGUUGCUUAUGCAAUUCAGUUCUUUGUUAGAUCGUGCUGUCAUGUCCAAACCUUUCUGGCUUGUAUAUUUCUUCAGAUGAACAUUAAUUUCAUCGAGUUGGGUUAUUGUUGCGCCAGUGACAGUCUUGUGGAAUUAGCUCCUGAGAUCAGCAGAAGUGCUACUUGUACUCACAGAAUGCCUCUUGUUUCAUCUGGGCGUUGCCUUUUGUCCCAAGAUAUGUAGACCUCAGACGCAAGAUAGUGUCUCAGAGUUUUUUGGACUCACUGCGUCUUUCUAUCGAUUCACCGCUACUUUAAGGCCAAGUGCGGUUUGUUUAUGUUUGCCUAUUUUCAAUCUUCGGCCGUAAUCAGCCCACCUACCCCCAUUAUCGUCGAUGUGGCUAAUCCUAUCGCCGAAAUUUGUCUCACCGUACACGUCCUUUUAUAUUUGUCACUUUGCUCGCAUUUUCUUCAUUAUCUAAGCUCAUGCGCGAACUGGAUAAAUUCCAAUGCGGGAUUAACCGUAUUGGCGCGUUCUCAUUUUGCCACCGUGGGUUUUGUGGACAUCCAUCGGCGUAGUUGGUAAGGCAUGGAUUAAGAUACAUCGCCCCUCUUCGUCCGAUUUACGCCGUUUAUAUUCCCCCGUAUAGUGUUUAAUGUGCUGUUUCUUUAAAUUAACUAAUGGUGGUCAUACGGUACUACUCGUUCGACGCAUAGACCACACUAUCACUACUCGGUGCGGUGGUUGCUCGCUUUUUUUCGCCUGUGGCUUGAUAUUUCAAAAAACUGCCUGGCUGCCAGGUGUUCUUGGACAGUAUUCAUGGGAGGAAGUAAAGGAAAUACGGAGAUAAAUAAACGUAUAUUGUGUAACAUAAAUAUGCUUAGACUAUGUAUUCCAGAGAUUCGUGUUUAUUGAACAUUGCGUGCACGCAAACAGCACCAUUCUUGAAUAAUUUUAGUGUAUAAAAGCUGCUCAGAAAUCGUUUUUUUCUCCCCAAAUUUGGGUCGCGAACCAGAGGUUAGUGAUUAGUGACCAGAGUAAGAUCGUAGCUCCUGGACGGGGUAGUAGAGGAUUGGACUAUCGGUCUUUACUUGAUGCAGUUGGAAUCAUGUCUGAUCAAGCUGGCCUUGAUGAUAUCGCGAAUUUUACCUCUCCACGCGUGAAAAUCUACGACAGCGGAUCUGGAGAGGUCUAUUCAUUCGAUUGUCUGGAAGUCUGCCGUGCAAAGCGUCAUGUUUAAGUCAGUGGCCUCCCGCGGAACAUCUAUUCUAAGUCAAAUUUUCUCAAACUUCGUGGAGGCCCGAGAUAAUGGGUGACAUUGUAGUCCAGGUUGCGCCGCUUUCCGUAGUGCCCCAGUGCACAUCGAAUAAGUCCGCUGCGGUUCUUAGGAUUUUGACUGCAGCACAGAAUUCCGGCGUUCCACCGUGUGCUGCUUGAAGCAAUCCUCAAUGUAGAGCUUUGCACACAUAGAAGCGCCUUUCUGAAGUCUCAUAGGUAUUGAACUUAUUAAUGUGUAAGAGUAAAUGGUAAAGGCGGUGGACAUAAUUCUCAGGGGUUGACUGGCUGUCUACACCGCAACCAGUCAAGGUAGAGUGAUGAGUCAGUCUUAUAAUCUCCAGAAGUAGCGUAACUGGCCAGACUUACUUGCCUCAAUCAUUCUUUUCGCCGCACCUAUUAGCCGGUAAAUUUAAAGUAGCGCGCUUGUUGAUUUGUUUUCCCGUUUUAGCAAAGAGUCAUGUUUUUACUUUUUAGAACUUUAUCGGAUAUCGGAGAACUUGCUGGUAUUUGCAAUUUUGAUGUCCGACGCACAUUGCGAAUUACGCGUAUCUUUUGCCAGAAUUCAACGAAUCGACAAUACUUCUGUAGCUUACUACGUGUCGCAGCCUUUUAUAUCCCGGAGGCACAGAAACCUUGGCAAUAUGGGCCUGCUCGUCAGCCUAUUUAUCUGUCACUCCUCGCGUAUACAGUUGACGAAUAGGAAAAAAGCCAUCAGUAAAGGUUUUCUGUAAAACAGGCGAACCACGAUCCUGCAUAAUAGGUAGUCGCGGACAAUGCACCAACAUUACUUCCAGACUUAGCUUAGCAACGAUGUGGCAACUUUGUUACGGGUAAAAAGAUUCAUUAGGCGUGGGCUGUGAAUCUUAGGCUGUUUUCAUUACUACAAAUUCAUUCUACAUUCCACUUCGCAUCGUACAUUCUUGGAUUUUCUCGGUCUUGUUGGUCAAAUAAGUGUAUUUCAUCCUCCCCAAUCUCUAUUAGAGCUUUGUAACGACAUUUGAAGAAUGUUGUUUUGUUCCUGGCUAUGUUAUUGUUUAUGGAAGUCUUGUGGAUUAGUUUUUUUUGAUGCUAGUCGCCGCAUCUCAUCAUUCUUGUCAUUUGUGUUUGACGUAGUCCGGUAUUUCUGUGACCACCCUCAUUAAUGCUAUCCUACUCCCAUGUCAUCUUAUCUGGAUUUACGAUCCCAUUCUCGAGUCUGCUAGGCUACUUUUGGACCAGUAUUCGACAUCACAUACAGUUCGACCGUUCCACACCUGAGGCCGGUGUCAAGUCAUUGUCAAGAAGUCCGGAGGCGUGAGAGGGCGCAGAUGGCUGACACGGCCUCACUCACACCUAGGCGCACCACUACAUCCCCUGGUCCAAAAAACGCUUGACUGGGAUUUUAACCAAUAACAACAAUGGGGCUGCAGGGGUCUCAAUUGGCGCGACGGGAGCUGACAAUUGGGCCUGCCACUGCACCAGGAAUGUUGGCAUUUAAUAUGGGUGUGCAUCAGAUAUCUGCCAUUGUGUCUGAGGAUGGGUGCGCAUUUCCAAUAACGCCUACCAGAAUCCAACGUGGCUCCCGUGUUGCUCCAGCGCAUCUGCCGCGUGGACCGUUUUGAGGGCACCAAAUACAGCCUUUAUCAAUGACACAUCGCGACGGCUUCGUCCCCUGACGAGUUUUUAAUUCAGCAGCUGCCACUGACGUGGGUGAGGGGACAUCCGCUUAGUCGCGAGGGCAAAAGGCAGUGCUGAAAAUGAACAUACUGCGUUCUGGGGAGGUCCCCAAAAGCAGAGGAUUACUACUGUUGCAGCGUACUUUGCCUUGACGACCCCUCACCCCCUCCUAGAUAACACGGCCUGUGCGAUCUUUCGCACUAUCGUCGUGCAAACUUGCAAACUUAUCAGUAUGUCCAUCUGUGACGAGUACGGGAGGGAGUCCAGGUCCACGUAGGACUUACCCUUCGCGACGUCAGGGCCUGACAUUUUCUUUGCGCACUAUUGCGAAUUUCAUCACGUUAUGUGGAAAUCACAUUUUAAUAAUAAGGUUGUUGGCGUACUGCGCUAGAGAAGGCUGGUUUCCGAUGAUGUCGUUUUUAGUGGCGAGGACGGCUCUGUUUUCUUGUUCUGCCGAGGGCGGACGCUCAGAAGAAAGUGUAUCCUGAUCGUACUUAACUGUCCUUGUUUAGCGAAGAGUCUCGUUUAGGAUAGUAGUGUCCACCCUGAACUGAGCCAUUUCUGGGCCGACUGAAGCUGUCCCCGUUUUCGUUUGGUUAGCAUAAGAAGAACGGAUGUUCCAGGUUGCCAUAAUGAGUGAAAUCAAUGUGGCGGGAGGGGUGUUUGGUGAAGAAGGGUAUUAUCUCUGGUUCUCGCGGCUUGACCUCGCACGUCAAUUUUACGAGCAACAGUCAGCUAUGGAUGGAAGGCAAACCAGUAUUUGGCAAUAUCACCUGUUCCAGCCUAUUUCUACGUGAUGUUGUAAGCAGUAUCUUCUUGAUUAGGACUGCUAAGACAUGACAAACGACUGUCGGACCGCAUUAUCGCUCACCACCGGUGUAGCUGAAAAUGUCCCAAAUUUCGUUUCAGCGCGUUUGAUGUCUAAAAUAACAGUGGUGGAGAUUCAUUGCAAUUAUUGACGAAUAGUCGCGCAGUCGCAGCACCGUUUACACCCAAGUUUUGUUGGGAAGACAACUUCGAGACGACUGUGGCUGACUUUGUCUAGACCUCGUCUAGGUGUUGAACACAGCUACUCUGGUGGAUAUGCAGGGAGGUUUGGAUCAUUUCCUCCAUAUGGGCCAGUUUUGGACUAAGUAUAGGCAUACAGAUAGCGGUCGUCAUGCGUUAACCCAUGCCGACUGCCGAAUAUGCUGAACACACCCGAACUGUUAAUGGUACUAUCCUUGCAACAGCAGACAAAUUCACUUGCCUGGUGUGCGUCAUCUCACAGAUUGCCAGAAUAGACGGGGUUUCGUUAAGCAAAAUGCAGACACCACUGUCGGUUCGACUGCCGCGAACGACGAUGUUUACCAUGUGCCCAGCAGCAUGGUAGGCGCAGGACGGUAACUUGCAUGUAGAUUAGUUUAUAGUGAUAGUAAACUUGCCAGCAUCUACCGAACUCUCCUCCUCGUCUACCUGUAUCCGGUGGUAAGAACCACCGGUCGCUGACUCGGACGCGGUAUCUGACAAAGUAAAACAUUCCAUCUUCGCGUGUCACACGAGACCUGUCCGGGUACAAUGGACCGAUUUUUCACUGAAACAAGGAGUCAACUGGGAUUCCAUUUGAGCGGGAGUGCCAUAGAGGCCACACUAGGAAGGGCCUAUUAUAACAUAACUCUCCGUCCUGAGGACAACGAGUUAUCCCGUUUGUCGUCUACCUUCAAAGUGACGACAUCUAGCAAAUUGCGCGUCAGAUAUUUAUAGUGAGCCCAUCAAAACCAAGACAGAAUGAUCCAUCACGUCAACGGUUGGGCGACAGCUGCGUUAACAUCAGUCAUUGUUCGCAUAACUCAGCCAACAGUCUCUGAGCACAGCCGGUGCGAUUUCUACCACGGCUACCCUAGAAAGCCACCAGUAACUGUGAUUGUGCACCGCCCUCUUUUGACGAAGAUUGGAAGUGCCGCUUAAUAGUCUACAACCUCUGUUCCUCCUCCGGGAUGGCAAGAGAGUGCGCAGAGGAAUUUCCUUCUUCUGUACUACCGAUGAACCAAUGUAAAAUAAUUAAAAAACAACACGUACGCAACGCUUUCUGUCCUCUUUUUUAAAGUACCGUUGUUCCCCGGCAGGGUUCAUCAUGCGUAUUGGCCAGUAUUGGACUACAGUCAAUGCUGUUCUGCCCUAAGUACUGCUGACUGGAUUUUCGAUUACUUGCUUCUUCGGAGGAUCCUCAUACUUGCAUUCUCUGGUCACGCCAGGAAGAUGGGGCUCCAUCGUCGGUCACCGAGACCGUUUACGGCAUAUGUGGUUAAAGGUCUUCCUCUCAAAUUUCGUCUACGCUCCGUUGGCUCGAAGAGUUCAUCUGCGGUGUAAUACCUUCAAACUCUUGUUCAUAUUGAUUUCAUCGCCAAUGGUGACCAUCUAAGAAGUACACGGAUAUGGCUAAGUCAGCCCGAAUGUCCAGGGAUAAAAGACCAACUUGACAGCGAUUGUAGAACAUGGACUGCACUAAUCCAUGACGCCAUGGAUUCUAGAUCGAAAGCAGUGUUCGUGCUAGGCGAAGCAAGUACGAGUAAUUCCAGUGCACAACCACACUUAGAUCCUUUUUGUUUGCGCUAGUACAGUUUUAUUUUUUGGCGCUUUCAUCACGCUGGUCGUGUUGUUGGCAUGACGAAAGACAGCCCAAAUUUCUUGAUUUCUCCUUGUGGAAGUGAAAUUUGAAGUGUAAAGGAUGAUUACACUAAACGCUGUUAUGAACACUGGACUUGUCAAUUUUUCUCGACCCAUCUUGCUCCCGGCGCGCCUGAAUUUAAGUCUGGCUUACUAGUACAUAAAGAGAGCCUUCAACCAAUAUACGCCUGCGGCGAAACUUGAUAUUCAUAUCAUUAUACUUGCUCCCGUAUAACGGUGCUAGUUCAUAGACCAAAGUCCACCCGUGAUCUCCUUCAACUCCCUUCCUUUGCUUACUGCGAAGUGGAUGGUGUUCGAGGACCAUACCUGUAACUCUGCCUACGUUAUGAUAUGGAGUGGCGGAUCCGUUUGUGGAGUGAAACCAACAGAAGUACGGUCUGGACGUUUGCUGGCUGAACAGAGACUCUGGUCUCUAGGAUUGAGAGCCACGCUGCAACGGCUCUUUUGUGUGGCUGUUAUUACAGUUGUUCUAGGUAUGACUAUCCGUUCGCGGAGUCUUCUUGGUCUAGGGAGGUAACAGGCUUUGAAAAGUUAAGCGAGACACAGUUGAACCCAUGUUACCUAUACAGUCGUUGAUUUUUUGUUACUCUUAAUCUCUUGGAUAAGUUAUUUAAACAACCCCCCUGGUGCAAGUCCCCCUCAUCGUCCGAACUUUCCAUCGCCGCGAUCGUGUUCUUUCUCUUUUUUCUUUGCCUCCUCUCCAGGGUAUUACCAACCAGGUAUAACAAGCCAUAGUUCUGGUGCUAGUUAACAAAACCGGGUUCAGUCCUGGCUUUGUCUUCGUGAGCAAGUUAACCGAAAUCCAAUCUAAUUUUGUCAUUUAGGUCAUAAUCAAGCGGCAAGCAAACAUGGUACACAUAAGCUUCCUGUUGUCGAACAGACUCAGCCCGACGGAAAUCUACUUCCUGAUUGGCUACGGAGAACAAAUGCUUUCCAUGCUUCUUCGCAGUCCCGUGAAAAUUGAACCGAGAAUGGUUCUUGAUCCAAAGGACGUCAUCUUCCGAUAUGUCUGA